UUGUCAUUUUUCUGGGGAGACAUCAACAAAACCUCCAAGAAAAUUUGUGUGAAGUCAAUUUUAGGAAAAAUUACGCUAAGAAAAGUGAAAAAUGCUACCGGAAAACAUAGAUCAGCAAAUAGCUGCCCUGGAGAGACAAGAAUUGGAGGCUCCCAAUGGUGUGGCUUCCCUCCAGUUGUACACAGAACUAUUUGCUGCCUAUUUGUACAAGAAUGAGCUGAGUCAAGCCAGAUUCUUAUGGAAGCGUAUCCCGCAGAAUAUCAAAUCUGGAAAUGCAGAGCUUGAACGUAUGUUUACAGUCCUCCAAUGCCUGUGGUCCAAUAAGAAUGUUGAAUUCUACAGAGCUAUCACAUUCGAGUGGUCUAAGCCCAUUGCGAAGGUAAUGGGUGAGCUCAAGGAGAAGGUUCAGGUGGAAACGAUAAAUCUCAUUGGGAGGGCAUAUAGCUCAAUCUUCGAGAAUGUUUUUGCGGAGAUGACAAAUCACAGCCCGGAUGCUGUCACUGAAACCUGCAAGAGUCUCAAUUGGGAAAUCAUCGAUGGUUCCUUUCCUCGCCUAAUUAUCCCCAAGAAACCAGCCAUUGAGAAGAUUGCUUACACCAGCUGCGAAGAUCAAUUGCAAAAACUCACUGAUUUUGUUUCAUUCUUGGAGAAUUAACUGCAGGAGAAGUUUCCUCGAGAAUACAUUUAAGGCAUUUAAACGAAA